AUGGGUUUGUGGGUGGUGGGUUUAGAAUCGUUUUCCCCGUUGGAUGUGUAACGAAGGGUGUGUGAUGAGAGAGUGAGAGAGAGGUUGAUUGAGUGCAAUACGACAUCGACCGAUGUCGAGAUAGAUGGCUUGUAGUCUAGAAUUUCGUGUAGGAAACGGGUUCUUGUUGCGGUGUUCUCGAACCGUGGGUUCCAAGUGACUCUGCCGUGAGAUGAAAGAAUAUGGUCAGUGCGUCGCCACCAAAUUGCCAGCUGUGGAGAAAGGAAUGUGCGAGAAGGAGUUUUUGGCGCUUAAAACUUGCAUGCAGAACGCGGCCAAGAAAAAGUGAUAGCGAUUGUUCAGUAUAUCGUAGUCUAGAAUGGGACUGGCGGAAAGAGCUUCGUCGAGCUCGGGGGCUCGUUUAGGUAUGGGAGCAGGAGGUGCAAAGUCGCAUGCCUAUAUCCAGUACCCACCCUUACGAUGCGACAUUCCAGGAGCCGCGGGCGUGAUGUACGAUGAUGGUAAUAAGCUUCUGCUUGUGCCAGCCCCCAGUAAGGUUUAUUCAUGGCCAACAAAUCAACACCCGCCUGCAGAGUUGCCGGGAGUAACCGACAUUAAGGAAGGGCCUAUUCUGGGAGUUAGGUAUUCGUUAGAUGGGAAGAUAUUAGCUAUUCAGCGAACUAAUCAAGAGAUAGAGUUCGUGAACAAAGAGAGCUGUACUGGAUUCAAACAGCAGUGUAGGAGUGGCUCGGAUCGAAUCUUUGGUUUCUUUUGGACAGACUGCCCUGCUUGCGACAUUGUCUUCGUUACCACAAGUGGACUAGAGAUGUACACUUUGUACCUGAGUAAGAAUGGGCUGAAACUGGUGGAGUACAAGAAAACGCAUGUGAGCUGGUAUGUGUACACACACGAGAGCCGUCUUGUAUUGCUUGCAUCGGGCAUGCAAUGCAAAACACUCUCUGGAUAUCAGUUUGCUGCAGGGGGGAUUGUGAGACUGCCGAAGUACGAUGUUACAAUGACUAAACAAGAAUAUAAUCGCAAGCCUGUGCUAGCUCCCGAAGAUAUCCGCAUAGCUACUAUGUAUGGAAGACUUUAUUGCGUCCAGGUGGAUAGAGUGGCGUUGCAACUGCACAUGUAUCGGUUCUAUAGGGAUGCUGUUGUACCUCAGGGAUCUCUGCCGAUAUUCUCCUCCCAUGUGGCAAUUAGUGUAGUUGAUAACGUCCUUCUGGUCCAUCAAACAGAUUCUCAAGUAGUCUUACUGUACGACAUCUUGACAGAUCCUAGAGGUCCGAUCUCUGCUCCUCUUCCACUUCUUCUGAGGGGAGCUCCCUCUCCAGCUGCUUCAUCCUCAUCGAAUACGGGGAAAGGCUCCAGAAGACCCUUAUCAACUGCAGAGGCAACUAUAUAUGGGAAGGGCUGGGUGUUCAUCAACCCAGACCUUGUGCUGGAUCACAUGCAUGGACUUCUUUGGCGUGUUCGGCUUGACUUGGAGGCAGUAGCUGCUAGCUCAUCAAAUUUGCCGUCAUUGCUUUCUUUCUUGCAGCGUCGGCGAUUUGAUGCCCCGAAGGUUCAAUUCACAAAAUUUCUGCUCAACAUCGCCUUGGUUCAGUUUUCACUUUUAUUUCAGUUCGCUAAGGAGCUUUCGCUAAUCGUGAUCAAGUCCAUGAUUAUCGAACGUCGCUCUUUGCGUUUGAUUGCGUCUGCAAUGGAUGUGGUUACUGCUUCCUAUGCUCAAGCUACACGGCCAUCAUCUGGGACUGGUGGUUCAGGCUAUCAACCAAUGAAUAAGUCUACUGCAGUAAGCAGUGGGGGGAUCACUUUAAGUGCUGGGCCAAGAGGUGUGUUUCUAGCAGGUUCGCAAUCUUCUUCCAAUCCUGUUGGUAAAGCCAUGAGCAAAUCCAAGAUAGUUGAAAUAGAGCAGGACGCGGAGACUGUGUCAGAUGCAGAGAGCAUCAUUAGCUCGGAGAUUGAAGAGGCACCCUUAACAUCAUCUCAGGAGCAAACUUCAGCUCCAAGUAGCAGCAGGGUUCUCAGCAGAGAAGGAAGUAAAGGUAUUACUAUGGAAUCCUCAACCUCGAACAGCUCAUCUCUUUUAGCCUCAGGCUUGCAGGGGCUUCGGAUGGGGCUACCAGCACCGUAUAUAUCACCAGAUGAUGUCUUGCAAAGUGUUUUUCUUGCAAUUGAAGAGGAGAUGUGCACGGAUUCUACAUUUUAUGUUGCAGCCAUUGUAGAGUACAUGCGCAGUACAGCGAAGGAAAAUGUGCGUGUUCCUCCAGGGCUGCAAGCAUUGAUGGUACAACUGCUCGGUCGUGAUGAGAGGUAUCAUGAGCUUCGACAGUUUGUUGCUGGGAAGCUCAUUGAUCCAUCAAGAACUGUUGCCUUGCAACUUCUGGAUGUUGGAACCAACGACAGAGAAACACGGAAGCUUGGAAUGGAAAUGUUGAGACUUCUUCAUGCUCACUGUGAUUACGUGAAGCUUCUCCUGCAAGAUGGGCGGCUACUCGAGGGUCUUCGCUACAUACGACAGAACAAGGUGGAUACGAUACCUCCAGCCCUGUUUCUAGAGGCUGCAGCAAACAGCAACGAUAUCGAGAAGCUUGCAUCUGUUUUCCGGUUUUGCUUAGAUUUUUUGCCAGGGUUUCAGCAGACACCUGACUUCAACUUGUAUUCAUCACGCCUUAACCAGCAAUGCAUUGUGGGGAGCGGCUGCUGAAUUUGGAUCUGCAAUUUUGUAAUAACACCAUUACAUUCUUGUUCUGCUGGAGUGAGUUGAGAUCAUGGUAUGGGCUGCUCAGCUAGGAGCGAAGGCGCUAAUUCACAAGUCCAUCAGAGGGUCACACAAUAGAAAAAAUUCCAGCUGAGAACUGAUGCUUGUCUGUGCUCGUGUUAAGAAUGUUUCAACUCUUUUUCUCUAGCAAGUCCGGAAUUUGUGAGAACUGCUGUAGUUCAUGAGGAUGUACUUUGAAGGAUAAAGGAGCAAAUUUUAAAUUUAUAAACACUCAUGAUUGCUGGUAAACUGAAGUUCUCACGUUACCUUGUGAGAAACUGUUGAAUUGUUUGUGUC